AUGGGCCCCUCAGUUAUACCUUGGACACGUACUGCCCAAGCUGCGGUCACUUGCGAUGCGCAUAUUGUACGUACACGGUGA